AGAUAAGAAGAAACUGAAGGACUUCCCAUAGGCGUGAGGGAAAUUGCAUACACCAUCCGGAGAAGGGGGCCAGGAAAUGGCUUCUUGUUUUCCAGACAGCUCCUGAGCUCUCUUCCAUAGCUCUGUGAAAGCUUGGAGAGCCGGCUGCACAGCCAGGGGAGACAUCCAGUUUGAAACUGGUCUUUUGCUGGAGAAAUUUUUACUGCUGAAAGUUGCAGCCAUGACUCCUACAAAGUAUUCCCACUGCCAAUGAUCUCCUCUGAUGAGGAAGCAAAACAAAUGACAUCUUAACCGAAAUUCGCACUUCUGACAACACCAGUGAAGAUUAAGAAAUUCAUUUGUCCCAGAGACAGUGUUGGACAGGCCAUACAAGAAGCUUGAAGACAUGAAUUCCUCAAGGAGACCAGUUUUCUGUUUCAUAUUCCUGAUUAUGAUUUACUCUUCUCAAGCUGCAGAGAACUUGAAUCUUGAAUCCAUUGUUCAUCCUUUGAUCCACAGAGGUCAUGGACUAGAAAGCAAUGACCAUAGAGCAGAAUCACUAAGACACAAACGAGCUGUGGCCACAAGCAGUCCUGCACCAGAAGAAUAUGAGAUUGAGAUUGAGAUAAGUUUUGAAAAUAUAUCUCUCCUGGAGUCCCUCAAAGCUUACUUUAAAAACCUCAGUUUUCCAAUCCAAGUGAUAAAUGCCAACUCAAGCACUGACAUUUUAAGCAUGGAAAUUACAACAGUAUGCAGGCCUAGUGGAAAUGAGACGCUGUGUUCUUGUGAAAGUGGAUAUAAGUGGCUCCCAGAAGUGUGCCUCAGUAACCUCACUUGUCAAAAUUAUCACCACUCAACCCCAGAAAACUGUAACUGCCUCAAGGAAUUGCCUGCCAAGGGACCCUACUGUCAGCAAGUCAUUCUAAAAGAUAUUACACUGAAGAUGUCAGUCAAACUCAACAUGGACUUUCAGGAUGACCUGAGGAAUUCUUCUUCUGCCCUGUAUAGAUCAUACAAAACGGAUUUGGAGCGAGCGUUCCGGCAAGGAUACAGAAUUUUACCAGGCUUCAAAUCAGUGGAGAUUACAGGCUUCAGUCCUGGGAGUAUUGAUGUUGCCUAUAAUGUCGAGACAAGUAAACCAACACUAGCACAAAUGAAUGAAGCAAAUGAACAAGUCAAGAGACUGAUCAAUUCAACGUAUAAAAUGGAUCACCUCUCCUUUGAAGCGUCUCUUGAUAAUGAAACAAAGUUCUCCAUUGUCCCUGAAAUCAUCUAUGAAGGGGACACAGUCAUGAUGAAAUGUGAAAAUGAAGUACAAUCAACAAAUGUAACCUGGCGCCAUGUUGAAAGGAGCACAGACAUUCAGAACAGCAGUGAAUUCUCCAUUUACACUUAUCUGAACCACCAAGUUUCAGUAUCAAUCCUCACUAUUUAUAACAUCUCUUUGACUGAUGCUGGUGAAUAUGUUUGUUCUCUAACAUAUGACAUUUUUUACUAUGAGGGCCGAAAAAAAGUCAAUGUGAUUUCCACAGAAUUUGUGGCAUCAGAAGACCUGAAGGUGAUGUGUGACAAUAAUCCUGUGUCUUUGAGUUGUUGCAGUGGAAAAGAUUUUAAUUUGAGUAAUAUUGAAUGGAAUCAGGAGGGAAUAAUAAGCAUUCCAGGAAUCAACUCCAUAGAUUCCAGGUGCAGUAAACUUACCAUCAAGGCUGAUGGAACUCAGUGUCUAAGUGGGUCAGCAGGAACAGAGGUAUUUUAUAUCUGCAGUUUCCUCAGUGGCUAUGGAGCCAAUAGCAGCAGGAAGAUAAAAGUCACAUUUACAUCUGUGGCUAAUAUCACAGUAACUCCAAACCUGACUGCUAUUUCUGAAGGACAGAAUUUCUCCAUAAAAUGCAUCAGUGACGUGAGUAGCUAUGACUCAGUAUUCUGGAACACUUCUGCUGGAACCAAAAUCAACCCAAAGUUUUAUGUCACCAAGCGAUAUCACGAUAGAGCUGAAUCAGUGCUCACCGUAGACACUGCAACAAGAGAAUGGAAUGGGACUUAUCACUGCAUAUUUAGGUAUAAAAGCUCAUUCAGCAUAGCCACAAAAGAUGUUACUGUUCACCCGUUACCCCUGAAACAUGACAUCCUGCUUGAUCCCCUGGAAGCUGAUGUUCCCUGUGGGGGCUUCUGUCAUUUACGGUGCUGCAUUAAUGAGGCUGGAGACUACAGAGUUACUUUCCAGAUUGAUGACUUGUCCUUUCCUGCUGCGAAAGAAGCUCAAGGAAAUAGAGUCUGUUAUGAAUACAGUUUAAACACAACUGCCUGGUGUUCCAAAACAAUUCAGCCAUUUUGCAACUUCAUCAACUCAGUGAACGGAUCAGUCCAGAGUACAACAAUGACACUUUACCUGGUUCCUGAAGAGAACGUCACAUGCCAAGAUCCCAUUAUUGGCAAUGGUAAGGCAGGGAAAAUGAUUCAGAAGUUGUGCCAGUUUUCAGACAUUCCUAACAAUUCUGGCCAUCGAGUGGGAGGAACCAUCACUUACAUAUGUGAAGGCUCCACAUGGAAAGUAAAGAAGAAUGACUGUAUUGCAGCUCCAAUCAAUAAUCUGCUUGGCCUGACAAAGGCUUUGCUUAUGAGCCCUGAGCAAGAGGAGAAGCUGUUGACAUACCUUCAGGAUCUGUCCAGUAGUACUGGGAAGGUGGAAAAUGAGAUUAAAUCAUCACCUGGAAACCUGAAGGCCAUUAUUACCAUCUUGGAAUUGCUGUCAACAGUCCCAACCCAAGUAACUUCAGAUAUGAUGAAACAUGUCCUCUCUACAGUCAAUGUCAUUCUUGGAAAACCCCUACUGAGUACCUGGCAAGUUCUGCAUCAGCAACAGGCCAAUGAGAGCUCUCGGUUACUGGAUUCCAUGGAGAGAUUCUCCAGAGUGUUGCAUGAGGGAGUCAGUGCCAUUCCUUCCAUCACCCAGGUCAACGUGCAAAUGAGGGGUCUCGUGACUACUGCCAGUCAAGUGACAGACUAUGACCAGCACUUUGUCUUUCCCGAUUCCAAUCUCUGGGGCCAUGUAAUCAUUGACAGGCAUCAGAUAGAAAGCCUGGAGCCAAACUCAUCCAUAGUCACACUGGCAUACCCAACACUAAAAGCUAUCCUGCCUCAGGGAACUCUGGACAAGAACUUAGUGAAUGGCUUGGUGAUGACAACCACAGUGAGCCAGGGUGUGACAAAGCCAUUCAGGAUCUCAAUGAAGUUCAAGAAGAACGACCUGUCAUUGGUGGCACCUCAAUGUGUCUUCUGGAACUUUCACCUCUCCAACCAUACGGGGGGAUGGGACAACACUGGCUGCUUUGUUGACCAAGUUAAAGAGGAGAGUGUCCUCUGCACCUGCAAUCAUUUAACCUCAUUUUCCAUCCUUAUGUCUCCUGACUCUCCAGAAUCCAACUCCCUCAUACAAAUUCUGCUGGAUAUCAUUUCUUAUAUUGGCCUUGGCUUCUCCAUCUUGAGUCUAGCAGCUUGUCUGAUUAUUGAAGCUUUUGUCUGGAAAUCGGUGACCAAAAAUCGGACCUCUUACAUGCGCCAUGUUUGCAUAGUGAACAUUGCAGCCUCCCUUCUGAUCGCUGACUCCUGGUUCAUUGUAUCUGCUGUCAUUCAUGACCAACGCUACCUACUCAGUGAAACAGCUUGCGUGGCUUCGACCUUCUUCAUUCACUUCUUUUACCUAAGUGUCUUCUUCUGGAUGUUGACCCUGGGUCUCAUGCUUUUCUACCGCUUAGUCUUUAUUCUACAUGACACGAGCAAAUCCAUACAGAAGGCAAUUGCUUUCUCCUUGGGCUAUGGCUGCCCAUUGGUCAUCUCAAUCAUUACCGUGGGGGUCACCCAGCCAAGGAAUGUAUACAUGAGGAAAAACGCCUGCUGGCUCAACUGGGAUGACACCAAGGCCCUCCUGGCUUUUGUGAUUCCUGCACUGAUCAUUGUGGUGAUAAAUGUGACCAUCACCUUUGUGGUCAUCACCAAAAUCCUGAGGCCCUCCAUUGGGGACAAGCCAAGCAUCCAAGAAAAGAAUAGUCUGUUUCAGAUAACCAAGAGCAUCGGUGUCCUCACUCCCCUCCUAGGACUCACCUGGGGGUUUGGACUGGCCACUGUGUUCCAGGAAAGCAGUGCUGUGUUCCAUAUUGUAUUUACCCUAUUGAAUGCCUUCCAAGGAUUGUUCAUUUUGUUGUUUGGAUGUCUCUGGGACAAGAAGGUACAGGAAGCUCUGCUGCAUAAAUUCUCCUUAUCUAGAUGGUCUUCACAACACACAAAGUCAACAUCUCUGGCUUCAUCAACUCCUGUAUUUUCCAUGAGUUCACCAAUAUCAAGAAGAUUUAACAAUUUGUUUGGUAAAACAGGAACGUACAAUGUGUCGCCCCCAGAAACAACCAUCUCAUCCACAGAAAACUCAUCCAGUGCUUAUUCUUUGCUCAACUGAAAACAGAAAACCAAUCUUGCGUGACUUCUGGGAACAAUGGAUUUUACCACUCAUUGACAAGCUUCAGAAAAGGAGACACCUGUAAAAUAGUAUCUGAAAAGCACCCUCUCCCUCAAGGCCUUGUGGCACAGACUUUUGCACUAAAGGAAGAGGUCACACUUAAUCGUGUAAAGACUUUGACUCCAAGUGGUUUUAUUGUUUACUUUUGACUCUUUUCUUCUUUGGAAUGAACCCCAAUGUGUACAGUAUUUAAGUGAUCUUAUAACAUCACCCAAAACCUAGCUUCUUCUUUGGCUUGAAUGUGAAUUAAGGUCUUGCAAAGACAUUGACAUGGUUCUUAGUUCAGGCUCAGUUUAAACUUUGCUUAAAAUAAUAGGGACUAAAGAGUUAGGACACACCCCAAAAUUGUGACUUAAAAACUUUUAAAAAUCAAAAAUGGCAGUCUUAGAUGUGAUGAUUAUCCAAGGUGGACUAUUCUUAUGUGGCAAAUGGUGAAAAUAGAGAAAGACUAGAAGUCAAAAGUGAGUUGUAGUAAAGCUAGUCCAAAUCAAUUGCUGGUGCUAUUCUGAGUAAAAUACAGAAAAAUGGUGAGGAAACAGCAAAGGUAGAAAGGAAAAACACUGUUAAAGACCCUUUCUCUUUAAAAUACAGAAUUUUCCAGAAAACAGAAGACAUUUAUAAGUCUCCCAAUAGUCUUAUCCUUGUGUUUUGAGAUUUUAUCGAUGAAGAGAAAAGGGCAAGAGAAACUGGGAGAGUAUUCUUUACAGACCCAAUCACAGAGCUGUAACUAAGGUGAGGUGACUAGAAUUUUGUCCAAGGGUGAGAAAUAUAAAGGAUGUCUGUAGCAUCAUUCCAUGGCAUAUUUCCCAAGCCUCUUCCUUCCUCACCCCAUUGUGGCUUCCUGCCCUUCCUCCCACUUCAGCAGCUUAGAAAUCUUUUAGUUUCCUUCCCUCAAGGGCUGUACUCCAGGUGAGCCUACCCUUCCCCACUGCCACUUGUCCCAGGUACAGAAAUGACUAGUUAUAGUUCAUCUUAAGCAAAAACUAAUUAUUGGUAAAAGUAAAUAGAACUUGCAAGACAAGUCAAGUUGUUAAGUUUGCUCAUUGAGACCUCUCUUUGAAAUGUGUCCCAAUGAUCUGGAAUCUUCUGAUUUCUAAAAUAUAUCUGUUGCACUGUAAAUAAAUAUAUAUUCUGAUUAUUUAAGAG